UUACACAAUUGUUUUAUCCUCAAGGAGUCGUUGUAGAUCAAUUGGGUACUGUCUAUGUGACGGAUUACGGUAAUCAUCGAAUCAUGCGUUGGCCAAAAGGAGCCACACAAGGAAGUGUCAUUAUUGGUCGAAACGGUUGGGGAGCACGGUCAAAUCAACUCAAUUAUCCCACAGGUUUAUCAUUCGAUCGACAUGGCAAUCUCUAUGUCGCCGAUUGGAGAAAUGAACGAGUACAAAAAUUUAAUAUCGAAUGA